CGGUCUGUGAUGUCAUCCGUCCGCGACAUUACACUUGUAGCGUGAUAUGCUAACCUGAUGCUAACCGACAGUGCUGAACGAGUAGAGCAUUUAUUUUCGUAAAAGUGUUUUUAUUUGGGAAGGAGGUAAAAUGUCUUUAUAUGAUGAUUUGGGGGUCGCAACGAGCGACACUAAAACAGAAGGAUGGUCUAAAAACUUUAAACUGCUUCAGUCUCAGCUGAAAGUGAAGAAAGCUGCAUUAACACAAGCAAAGACUCAGAGGACGAGACAGUCAAAUGUUCUUGCUCCAGUUAUCGAUCUAAAGAGGGGAAGUUCAACAGAUGACAGACAGAUCUCUGAUACACCUCCACACAUCGCUGCAGGGAUGAAGGACUCUGUGUCUGCUGGGUUUUCAUCCGGAGAUGUGCUGAUUCCAUUGGCUGACGAGUAUGACCCCAUGUUUCCCAACGAUUAUGAGAAAGUGGUGAAGAGACACAGGGAGGAACGACAAAGACAGAGAGAGCAGGAGCGGCAGAAGGAGAUUGAGGAGAGAGAGAAAGAAGAAAGCAUCUCUACAACUACUGAAAGUCAACAACAGUGUUUUACUGUAGCGUUACAUAAAAAGAAACGUAAAGAGAGGCAUGAAGGAGGGGGAGCUCCAAGCGGAUUUUCACGUUUCCCGAAUCCCGAAGGCGAAUCAGAUGAGGAGGAGGAUUUUGAGAGAGAAAAGAGGAAGAGGAGUAUGGGUGGAGCUGCCAUCGCCCCUCCGACAUCACUAAUGGAUCGAGAAUCAUCAUAUUCAUAUGACGAAGAUGGUCGCCAGAGGUCGAAAGCUGCUAUCCCACCUCCUGUGUUUGAUGACUUGGAUAGACCACGAUCUCCCCCUGGACCAACUAAUUCAUUCCUGGCCAACAUGGGGGGUACCGUGGCUCAUAAGAUCAUGCAGAAGUAUGGAUUCCGAGAAGGACAGGGUCUGGGGAAACACGAGCAGGGCUUGAGCACGGCGCUGUCAGUGGAGAAAACCAGCAAGCGUGGGGGCAAGAUUAUUAUUGGAGACUCAGCGGAAAAGACAUCAGCGUCCAGUCAGAAUUUGGCUGAUCCACAUGGCUCUAAUUCAGCGGAUCCCUCAAAGAAAAACGACACCAACCCUCUUACAGAGAUUCUCAAAUGUCCAACAAAGGUGGUGUUGCUGCGGAACAUGGUUGGAAGGGGAGAGGUGGACGAAGACCUGGAAGGCGAGACUAAAGAAGAGUGUGAGAAAUAUGGCAAAGUCACCAAGUGCGUCAUCUUUGAGAUCUCAGGUGUGACUGACGACGAGGCCGUCCGCAUUUUCUUGGAGUUCGAACGGGUCGAAUCGGCUAUUAAAGCUGUGGUGGAUCUGAACGGGCGGUACUUUGGAGGUCGGGUGGUGAAGGCCUGUUUUUAUAACUUGGAUAAGUUCCGUGUUUUAGACCUGGGAGAUCAGAUGUGAGUGGGAGAUCCAGACCUGCACAACCAGGAAAGAGUAAACACCAGGAAGAGAUCGUUUCUGUAUAUAGCACGAGUAAUUUUAUACACCCUUGAAGAACGUUAGCUUAUGUGCCCCUUCCCGCAAUGAGGAUUUAAUUUGCUCUUUUUUUUAUUAUUAUUAUUUCUCCUUGUCUCUUUCUCUCUCUAAUGUCACAGUCAGAAAUAUCCUUUUGUCGUGUCCUUGUGAAUAAGAUGUGAUGAAGAACCCAGAAUUAAACAAAACUUGGUGCUUUUACGUGAAUACUCCAGUCGUUACUACCUGCUUUUACAGAAAAGAACAAUUGCAUAAUGAUGUUGAAUGGGGUGACGAUGAUGAUGGUUAUAAUGAAUGAGCCCUGGUUCAUGAUUUAUAUAACCAGACACCUUGUCCCUGUGCGACUCUAGAAAGUAGGAAACCUACAUUCCUCUGUUGUGACAUAACGGUGACUCCCAUGAGCCCUCACUCUAUGAUCCACACACUAUUGAUAGACUAAAAGUAUUAAACUUUUUCUUAAUGCGUGUCUUGACCCUAACGGAAAUAGGGUUUUGUGUGUUACUCAAUAAACGGUGACUUCAGUGUUGUUUAAAAGCAUUUCUGUAGGUCUAUAAAUGCAUCACAUGAAUAAUAUUUGUGUGUAUUAUCAGGUAACUAUACAUGAUAGUGUAUUUUCAUGCAGGAUGUGUGUUGGACUGGGUCAGUGAUGGUGUGAUGUUCUGGUUUGGUGAGAAGGACGCACUUACGCAAUGCGAAGGUGCUGGGGAAUAAAGUAAAGAAUAGACUGAACUCCAUGAGGAUUGACUCAAACAGAACAGAUCCUCAUCAAACGACUCUUAAAUGAGCAGAGCGUCUGAAACAUGUCAGAACAGGGUUGAGCUUUUCAGGUCACAAGUUCAGCACUGGGGGUUGAGCCGGUACGCGGUGUAAAAGUGCUAAAGGUGUUACGGAUUGUUGCAGAUGUUUGGAUUAGUACUUUUUGAAAUGUAUAAUUGUUCAUAAUGAAAAUCAAACCCCAGAUCCUACUCGUAUUUGUGUUGCAGACAUGUAUGAUAGAGUAUUAAUUAAUUAAUAUGAAUCUGCAUCAAUUCAACAUAGUUGCACGUGGCCGUUUAACUGUUCUCAGCCAGGGGGUCUUUUAAGAAUAUAUGAAUACAUGAAACCUGGAUAUAUGAGGUAGCUCAAUUCUAAAAGUGUGAUUUCUAGACCUGGACAAGUCAUAAAUAAAA